CUUCUUCUCUCUCUCUCUGUGGACCAUCGUACUUUUUUCUUCUCUAUAUCACUGUUUUUCUCUCUCUGAUCUCUCUCUGUCGCAGCAAUAUAUACAUACACGUCCGUUAUAUGUAUAUGUCUACACAAAGAAAUCUUUAUUUCUUUCAAAAGAGAUAGAGAGAAAACCACCCAGUUACCUUUAGUCGUUCAAAACUCCGAUUAAUCAUAUCAGCCUUCACUUCUUCAUCAAAUAUUUCAUCAUUCCACUCUUUAUUCCUGAGAUCAGACGGUUACGGAUCCAUUUCCCUCUUCAAUCUUGCGGCUAGGGCUCAAUUUUAUACUGAUCAAGAAAGGUCAACAAGACUAAACAUUAUGGAGCCUAACCAUAGGAGAGGAAGGAGAAAAGACCAUGUUGGUCACUAUAAUGGUGAAGUGAGCUUAAGGAUUACUGAUGAUGAACUUGACCCAUGGACAGCAUGGGCUUACAAACCUCGAACCAUUUCAUUGUUAUUCAUUGGUGCAUGCUUUCUUAUUUGGGCAAGCGGAGCUCUUGAUCCUGAAAGUAGUUCAUCGGCUGAUCUUGUAACAUCAGUCAAAAGGGGCAUAUGGGCAAUGAUGGCGGUUUUUCUGACUUAUUGUUUGCUGCAAGCUCCUUCUACGUUACUAAUUAGGCCACAUCCAGCAAUUUGGCGCCUAGUUCAUGGGAUGGCCGUUAUUUACCUUGUUGCUCUGACAUUUUUGCUUUUCCAGAACCGUGAUGAUGCUAGGCAGUUAAUGAAGUAUCUCCACCCUGAUCUUGGCGUUGAACUUCCCGAGAGGUCAUAUGGCACCGAUUGUCGAAUUUAUGUGCCUGAAAAUCCAACUAGCAGGUUUAUAAAUGUUUAUGAGACACUUUUUGAUGAAUUCGUUCCUGCUCAUAUUUUCGGAUGGUGGGGCAAAGCAAUAAUGAUUCGUAAUCAACCCCUUUUGUGGGUAUUGUCAAUCGGAUUUGAGUUAAUGGAGCUCACAUUUCGCCAUAUGUUACCGAAUUUCAACGAGUGUUGGUGGGACAGCAUUAUUCUUGAUAUACUAAUCUGCAAUUGGUUUGGUAUCUGGGCAGGAAUGCAUACUGUUCGCUAUUUUGAUGCCAAAACAUAUGAGUGGGUUGGAAUAAGCCGUCAACCGAAUAUAUUAAGCAAAGUAAAAAGAACGUUGGGCCAAUUCACUCCUGCACACUGGGACAAGGACGAAUGGCACCCGCUUCUUGGUCCUUGGCGAUUCAUCCAAGUUCUUAGCCUGUGCAUCGUGUUCUUAACCGUGGAACUCAAUACAUUUUUUCUCAAGUUUUGCCUUUGGGUUCCUCCUCGAAAUCCAAUAAUUGUUUAUAGGUUGGUUCUUUGGUGGCUCAUUGCAAUUCCUACAAUUCGAGAGUACAAUUCUUACCUACAAGACCGAAAACCGGUGAAAAAGGUCGGAGCUUUUUGUUGGCUUUCGCUUGCCAUCUGCAUCAUUGAACUUUUCAUCUGUAUCAAGUUUGGCCAUGGUUUGUUUCCGACUCCGAUGCCGAGAUGGCUGGUAGUUUUAUGGACAAUUGCUGGUGUGGUUCUUUCAGGGUUCUUGAUUUUGUGGACGCGGCAAUCUCGUCGUCGAACUAUAAGCCGAAAGCGCGUAUGAAACUGUAAUGAAAUUGUGGGUUUUAGCCAUUCUUUGAUUCCUUGGUUUUAGAUGUUUGUAAAUGCUAAUUGCUUUGAAAUUGUAAGUGGUUAUUAUAUGAGAGGGUGACUGGCAAACAGAAAGGGAAGAUGAAUUCUCCUUUUUGACAUUUUUUUAAAUAACAUGAGAAAAGCCAAAAGGGCAUAUGAUUACAUAUUGGCAAAGGCAAAACUAUUGUACAUAGCAAUUAGCAAUAGCAGGUAAAAUGAGAUAAAUAAAAAGUUGUG